CGAAUACGCCGCAAACACCGGACAGCGGAAUUCUACUUCCCGUAACGUCAUUAAAAACCAUGGGAUUCCAACCGAUUGAUGGCACAUAUUUACACAGGAACGGGCGCUUGCCUCCUUGAAAUAUAUUUAAGCAAGUGAACAACUGCUGUGCAUCCCAUCUAAACUUUGAUCUAAGCUUAUUCAAAAAAUUGCUUCAUCUUUUUAUUUCUGCCCCACGUACCUAUAACGAUACCGAUACCUACCUUAGCCACAUAGGCACCGAUCUAGGUAACGCAGUCCGAAGCUACGAUAAACAAUGGAAACGGUAUUAGCCUCUAGCGGCGGUACCGUCCGCGCCGAUCACCUAUGUGUGUUGGUUCAUGGGCUUUGGGGAAAUCCGGCGCAUAUGGCACAGGUUGCCAAAGCCCUCAGAGAUCGAUACACACGCGACCAGCUCUAUAUAAUUGUGGCGAAACGCAACAGCGGCUCAUUCACGUACGAUGGCAUCGAACUCGGAGGCCAGCGGGUAUGCCGAGAGAUCGAAGAGGAGUUGGAGAAGAUAAAGAAGACCGGGGGCGAGAUCACCAAGAUCAGCUUUAUUGGCUACUCCAUGGGUGGACUGGUUGCGCGAUAUGCCAUCGGCUUGCUGGAGGCUAAGGGUGUUCUCGACAAGCUGCAAUGCAUAAACUUUACUGCAUUCGCUAGUCCCUUUCUAGGAUGUCGAACGCCACUCAAAGGCUGGAACAACCAUUUGUUCAACGUGCUGGGUGCAAGAACCCUCUCACUUUCAGGGAGGCAAUUAUUCGGCAUCGACAAGUUCCGAGACACCGGCCGGCCCCUAAUAGCUGUCAUGACAGACAAAGAAUCCAUAUUCAUGUCUGGUCUACGCAGGUUCAAGCGUCACACGCUGUACAGCAAUAUUGUCAACGACCGCGCCGCAGUUUACUACACAACAAGCAUAUCCAAGACGGAUCCGUACGUCGACCUGGACAAGGUCAAGCUGAACUUUGUCGAGGGUUACCAAAACGUGAUUCUUGACCCGGACUGCCCUGUGAAGCCGAAGGAACCGGUCGCGCCGACGGCGUUCAAGGCGCUCAAGAGUGCGCCCUUCUUCCUCGCGCUGGCUGUUCUCCUGCCCAUCGGCAUCACCGCAUUCCUCAUCAACGCGGGCGUGCAGACCGCCCGCUCCUCGAAGCGUCUCCGCGCCCACGGGCGCUCCCACGACAGCAAGCACUACAGCAAGCUUCCUCUGUGGGUCAAGGAGGUUCAGGGCGCGCUCGAGGACGCGUACGAAAACCUCAACAGCUCGCAGAGGCAAGAGUUCCUCGCCAGCGAGACUCCGUCGGACGACGAGGGUGCCGGGGGUGCGGCAGACGACAGGGCCAGCACCAUGGGCGUCGAGAAGUCAGAAGACCACUCGAGGCUCGCGCUGGAGAGGAAGCAGAGCCACGCGGCGACGCCAACCCUGGCCCUGGCCCCGUACCAGUUUGCCAUGAUUGAUUCACUGGACUCGUUGGGUUGGCGCAAGUACCGCGUUUGGAUCCAGAAGAACAGCCACAGCCAUGCCGCCAUCAUCGUAAGGAUUGUCAAGGACAGGUAUUCCGAGGGUUACCAGGUUCUCAAGCACUGGCUCGAUAAUGAGUUUAUCAUUUGACUGGAUUUAUGAGCCAACGAUCCUCGUAUGCUCUUGGUCUAGUGGCAAGAGUUUACGGUCCUUGUAUCGUUUUCUUUUUCUCGUUGUCAUUUUGAUUGUUCUUUUUCCCUGCAUGUUUAAGCAUGCUUGUCGUCCUGGGUAGAUUUGUGAGCGAGGCGCUAAGUUGGCUUUAGAUUAUCUCGGCUAGAAUUUCCUGAUCUUAACAAAUCAUAAUAUUUCAAGAGGUCUGUAUUAGCGAACCCUUGGGAUAUUUUCAUAGCGUUUGGUGUUCCUUUACUUUUUUUUUUUACAAUUCCAUGUGAAAAUAUGAAGA